CUGACGCGCGGGCUGCGGUCGCGCAGGCGCAGUCGGGGCGCCUUCGCGGCAUAGGCGCCUUUUACCCCAGCGUGUCCUGAGUCUUUGGUUCGCGAAGUGCCGUUAGGCCAGGCAGGUGCUAAAAGCCCGGGGUCGUGGACCCCGGCCAGGUCUUAGCAGCAUGGAGGCGCAGGGUGUAGCGGAGGGCGCGGGGCCGGGCGCGGCCAGCGGCGUGCCCCACCCCGCGGCCCUAGCCCCGGCUGCGGCUCCCACCUUGGCGCCAGCCUCGGUGGCGGCCGCGGCCUCUCAAUUCACCCUGCUAGUGAUGCAACCCUGUGCUGGGCAGGACGAGGCUGCGGCCCCCGGGGGCAGCGUUGGGGCGGGCAAGCCCGUUAGGUACCUGUGCGAAGGGGCCGGGGAUGGCGAAGAGGAGGCUGGGGAGGACGAGGCGGACCUGUUAGACACUUCGGACCCUCCGGGGGGAGGCGAGAGCGCGGCUAGUUUGGAGGAUCUAGAGGACGAGGAGACUCACUCGGGGGGCGAGGGCAGCAGCGGGGGCGCCCGGAGGCAGGGCAGCGGUGGGGGCAGCAUGAGCAAGACCUGCACCUACGAAGGCUGCAGCGAGACCACGAGCCAGGUGGCCAAGCAGCGCAAACCGUGGAUGUGCAAGAAACACCGCAACAAGAUGUACAAGGACAAGUAUAAAAAGAAGAAGAGCGACCAGGCCCUAAACUGCGGUGGGACUGCCUCGGCUGGCAGCGCGGGAAACGUCAAACUCGAGGAAAGUGCAGAUAACAUACUCUCCAUUGUUAAACAAAGAACAGGAUCUUUUGGGGAUCGUCCUGCAAGACCUACUCUUUUAGAACAAGUGUUAAAUCAAAAAAGACUGUCGUUACUAAGAAGUCCAGAAGUAGUGCAAUUUUUACAGAAACAGCAACAGCUAUUAAAUCAGCAAGUUUUGGAGCAAAGACAACAGCAGUUUCCAGGAGCAUCAAUACUUUCUCAGCUACCCCUGCAGUUGAGUGUGGCCAUAUGAGUAAAUUCUGGCCAGUGAGAUGUAAGCACAGGUGAUAAGUGCAACUUCCAGAUGGCAGCCCGGGACAAGCAGCCCAUUUCCUCUCUUCCUCCAUCCUGCUGCCAGGAAUGUGGACAAAUCAAUGGAGCAUCUAUGGGCCAAAUGAGGGUCAUUCACUGGGGAAGGCGGAGUAACAAAAUAGAAGGAAUCUGUGUCCCUGGAUGUCCUCAAGGAACUGAGCCACCACACUAGCAUGGGAUGCCCUUUCAACUACUAUGGGAAAAAGAAAUGGAGUAUAUUGUUUCUACCAGUUAUGAUGAUGGUAUAACCACGGUUGUUGUUAUUGUGACAGCCAGCCAAAUCUGUUUUCUAAAUAAUACUAUAGGGAAAAGGAUUGACAAGUGGCAUUAAGGACUUGGCCUACUGGAAACCAGGAAUUUGUAAUGGCAAUCUGCAGUUAUGUGAUGCUGUUUCACUGGGCUCAGCCAUCUGUAUUAGUAGGAAACAUAGAUGAUAGGCUUGAUGUAGGGUUCAUUUGGUGCAAGAAAGUAAGGGAUGAGGACGUUAGGAUGCUUCUGAAAGGACUUUUAGGAAUAGGUUUGAGCUGAGCAGAGAAGAAAUGAGGCUAAUGGAGACUGGAGGUUCCUAUGACAUUGCAGUGUAAGUGUCGGAAGAAUGAGAGCACAAGGUAUUUCAGCUAGGAAUCUGUGGACUCAGGAAGUGAGCAGUACUCAUUACACUCAAUUAGUGACAGCCCCAAUUUUUAUUCUAUAAUAUUUAUCAAUACACUUGGCCCUUAGAAAUGCUCAGCAGCUAGACCAUUAGGCUUCUGCUUGAAGAGUUGAUUUGGAGCAAUUAAAUAAGCCUUUAGGAUUUAAUGGCAGGAAAGUCACUCAGGGAGGACCUACCUCAAGGAGAAGCUCAAAGCAUUUUGCUUCAGCUCAUCAAACAGAGCUCUGGAGCAUUGCGAAAACGAUUUUUAAAAUGGCAAGACAAAAAAAGUAGAAAACUAUGGAAUAAUGUUUUGCUUCAGGUGUAGCUAAUCCAAACUGCCACAAAGGAAAAUUGGGGCACUGGUGGUGUGGGAUGAGAGGGUUCAGUAGUCAGGAGACAAUCUUUUGUUGAAAUGAUCUUUUAUAUUGCUUGAAUUCUUACCAUGCAUAUAUUACCUUUUCAGAAAUGUUGUUCUUACUACAAACUAAAAAAAAAUCUUGUUAGAAAUUGAUGUCCAGGCAUGGUGGCUCAUGCCUGUAAUCCCAGCAUUUUGGGAAGCUGAGGAGGUGGAUCACCUGAGGUCAGGAAUUUGAGACCAGCCUGGCCAACAUGGUGAAACCCCUUCUCUACUAAUAAUACAAAAAAAGAAAAAAAAAAUAGCCGAGCAUGGUGGCACGUGCCUGUAAUCCCAGCUACUCAGGAGGCUGAGGCACAAGAAUCACUUGAACCCAGGAGGCGGAGGUUGCAGUGAGCUGAGAUUGCACCACUGCACUUCAGCCUAGGCAACAAAGUGAAACUGUGUCUCAAAAAAAAAAAAAAGGGAAGAAACUGAGAUGUGUAGACAACUUGUGCUUACAGUAAUUGCUCCUUUGCUUUCUAUUUUUCUAAAAAAUUUCAAAAAAUGUUUUACUUGUGAAUCUUUAUUUACAUAUAUGUGACACUUAUGUGUAGUGAGAUUUACAGGCCUUGGAGUUUACAGGCCAUCCUGGGGUCCAAAAUAUAUACUUCCCUGCUGGAGAUACACCAAGAAAGUAUAAUCUAAAAACAAUAUGACAAAAUCUGCCAAUUUUCUAGCACUUUAUAGUUUUCAAAACAAUUAUGCAUAUUUGCUUGCUCUCCACAACAAUCCCGUAAUGCAUGCACAAUUAUUAGUUUAUAAACACAGAAGCAGACUUUUCAAGGUUAAAUUACUUGCUCAAGACUGCACAGCUAUUGGACUUAAAUCCAGGCCCUCUGAUUCCAAAUGACUUACUGCACAAUGUUGGAAGCUUUCGUCACGGGCCAGUGCAAUCUGGACACGCCCCUUGCAUUUCGGCAGUGGAUGCACCAUCAUGGGGCCAUAAGAAUAAAGCCUUUGCACAAAUUAAGCCUUGAUUUUUGGAAUGUGUUAAAAGACAGAUUUUAUGUUAACCUUAAUUAUAUUAUUUUAGGAAGUAUUUUCAUUUGUGCUAAUUUAUUUGAACCUCAAAACAUUGCAAGGCAAGUAGUAUUGUCCUUGUUUUGACAUGAGGAAAGCAACUCAGAGAAGUUAAAGUGACGUAUAAACAGGUCAUAUUGUUAGAGCCAGAGCCAAGAUUUGAACCUAAAAUUGUCUCCAGAAAUGAUGCUUUUUCCAGAAUAGUAUGUUGUUGCUAAAGUAAAAACUAACACUUUCAAGUGCUUAGUUUAUUUUUUCUUGAGAUGGAGUUUCACUGUCGCCCAAGCUGGAGUGCAGUGGCACGAUCUCAGCUCACUGCAACCUCUGCCUCCCGGGUUCAAGCGAUUCUCCUGCCUCUGCCUCCCGCGUAGCUGGAAUUACAGGCAUGCACCACCACGCCUGGCUAAUUUUGUAUUUUUAGCCAAGACAGGGUUUCACCAUGUUGGCCAGGCUGGUCUUGAACUCCUGACCUCAAAUGAUCUGACUACUUUGGCCUCCUAAGGUGCUGGGAUUACAGGCGUGAGCCACUGCGCCCGACUGCAAGUGCCUAUUCUAACACAGUAGGCCCUUCAAUAAAUGCUAAGUAAUUAAAUUUUUUUAAUGAAACUUUCUGUAUGCAUACACAUAAAUUUUAUAUAAAUACAUUAAUAAUCGUAUUGUAUAUACUGAGAGGUUUUUGUUUAACUUUUUACCCCCUUCUGUUCCUUUUUAAAAUUUUCUUACCCUCUGUCUUCCAUGCACCACCCAACUUCCAGGUAACCUUUGUCAGCUACCCAGUAUGUAGUCUGUUUUUUUCAUGUUUGUAUAAUUAUAUAUGAACACAUAUAUACAUUUAGAAUUGUCAUUGUUACAUAAAAGUGUGGGCAUAUUAUACGCGCUGUCAGUAUAUUGCUUUUUUAUACAGUACUGUGUAGAAGUCCCUCUGAGUCACUUGUAUAGCUCUAAGUCAUUCCUUUAGAUGACUGCAGAGUAUCUCAUGAUAUGAAUGCAUCAUCAUUUAUUCAACUAUUCCACUGUUGAUAGGCAUUCACUUGGUGUCAUUUUCUACCACUAUGAACAGUGCUGCAGCAGACAUCCUUGUAAUGUGUCCUUAUAUAGCGGUAUAUAUUGGUGGUUUUAUGGCCUCGGGAUUGACUUCCAGAAGUGGGAUUGCUGAGUAUAGGGCUACAUGUUUCCUUUAAAUAGAUGUUGUUAUAUUCCUUUCCCCAGGAAAUCUGUAACACUUAACAUGUUUACCAGCAAAUGAAAAAGAAUUAAUUUCCCUCACAUCUUUGCCAGUAUUAUUACAUUUAUUAGCGUUUCCUGGAAUACUGGUAAAUUAAAGCAUCUUUUCUUUUCUUGUUCUUUUUUUUUUUUUUUUUUUUUUUGAGAUGGGGUCUCACUCUGUUGCCUAGGCUACAGCGCAGUAGUGCAGUCUCAGCUCGCUGCAACCUCAACCUCCUGGGCUCGAGCGAUUCUCCUACCUCAGCCUCCUGAGUACCUGGGACCACAGGUGCAUACCACCACUCCUGGGUAAUUUUUAUAUUUUGUGUACAGAUGAGUUUUUGCCAUGUUGCCCAGGUUGGUCCCAAACUCCUGGGCUCAAGCAAUUUGCCCAACUCAGCCUCCCAAAAUGCUGGUACUACAGGUGUGAGCCACUGUGCCCAGCCUAAAGUAUCUUUUUAUAUGCUUGCUGUUUAUUUUGAUUUGCUGUUCUGUGAAUUGCUUAGUCAUAUCUUUUGCUUAUUUUCUGUUAGGCUCCCUUUUUCUAGCUCAGGGUGUAAAAAGUCUGAUUAAUAUCAUGAAAUUUAACCCUUUGUCACUUCUAUCCUGUUUUUUUCCAAAUCUAAAAUGUGUUCGUUUACUUUUUUAUGGUAUCAUUUGCCAUAGAAGCUUUUACUUUAUGUGUAUUUCAAUAUGUCUGACAUUUCUUUUAUGGCUUCUUGGUUUCUAAUCUUGGUUUAAAAAGUCUCAAGUUGGAAUCUUUCAAAUGAUUACUGAUUUAUAAUGUCCCAUUUCUUUUUCUAGAAUUAGAAAAUAUAAUUAAUAUGAAUAUUGUCAAAUAGCUCUAAUUGCUUUUGUGUAACUCAUUGAAAUGGAAAUUUUAGAAUUUUUUUAAAAUCAUUAUUACACCCUCAGUUUCUAACUGUCCUUAGUUUCUAACUUCCUUAGCUAGAAAAAUGAAUAUUAUACUCAUGACCACAGAUACUGUUGAAGGUACAUAGAUUAGGACCUGUGUGCAGAUAGCAGUUUAUUUGAAAAUGGGCUGAACUACCGUUUAUCUAGCAGACUUGCCUCACUAUAGAAAAAAAAAAAUCUGAUUUAAAUACUGCUUUUAUUGAGUUUGAAGUUAACAGUUGUUUUUAAAACAUUUUAAUGAAAAUACUUGACAUGUUUAAUAAUUAGGUGAGUUGAUCUCACCUUUUAAUCAAAAGAUGAGCUAUUUCCCCCAUUACGCCUAACGUGUAGUACUCCAUCCUCCAAAUAGCUGUUUGGAUUAUUCUAAAGCAUUGGCGAUGAACUUUCUAAAAAAUCAUCUACUGCAGCAAAAUAAAUCUUUCCUCUUCAGAGCUUUACCCUCGUAGCAGAAAAGGAUGUAGCCUGUCUUAAGAUGUAUUCCAUAAGCACAGAUGCUGAUUUUUAUGAGCUAUUUGUAGCUUGGGCUUUAGAGGUUCCAAGAGUAAGUGCAGCAUGAAAACAAAAACGGAAAGCUGAGGAAGACAACCAGAAGAUAAGUUAUGACUAGUGGGAUUUUCUGUUUGUGUUCCUCCUAUAAUUGCACCUCGAAUGAUUUACUCUUCUUAAAUUGGAGACCACAGUCAGCACUAAUAAGAUUUUAUACCGGUUGCCUUUGAAAAUCUAAUAAGCAGCAGGAUAUGUUAAUAGUAAUAUAUUAAUUAACAUUAAAUAUUAGCCUUAAAAUUGUUAGUGUUUAUUAUGGUAAUAUGGUUAUAUCAUUAAACUAUACAUGCAUACCUGCACUUCACCAUCAUGCUGAUUAGAAGCAUCUGCAGAAACUUGUGGGGGGCAUAGUGAGGGUAAUUGUGACAGCAAUCCUUUUCAGAAAAUGAAGGAAACCAGCCAGUGUGGUGGCUCAUACCUGUAAUCCCAGCACUUUAGGAGGCCAAGGCAGGCAGAUCACUUGAGCCCAAGAGUUUGAGACCAGCCUGGGUAACAUGGUGAAAUGCUGUCUCUACAAAAAAUACAAAAAUUAUCUGGGCAUGGUGAUGCACACCUAUGACCCCAGCUUUUCAGGAGGCUGAGGUGGGAGGAUUGCUUGAACCCAGGAGGUUGAGGCUGCAGUGAGCCCUGAUCCUGCCACUGCACUCCAGCCUGGGUGACACAGCAAGACCCUGUCUCCAUAAACAGAACAAAAAAAAUGAGGGAAACUGAGUGUUACAGAGAUCAAUAUUUUUCUAAGAAAACCUAAAAUUGUCUGCUAGUAUGGAAACUCAAGUUUGCUUCAUAGCAGGGUGUGCUGAGACUCUUAUUUUUGAGUUCCUCUUAUACUUGCAGAGCUGGCCUUUUCUUUUUAAACUGUCCAUCAUGACAUGUACACCCUGCCUCUUGGGGUAGUUAGGUGAACCCUUUUGGCCAGGGAAAUGCUUGUCCAAGAAAAAACAAGCAUUGCUCUCUUAUCUGGGUGCCCUUCUCUGGGUAACAUGCCCAAAUGAUACAUUACUGUGUCUCCUCUAUUUCUUCUUCACCUCUUUAAUGCCAACAACAAAGAAUCACUUGCCUUUUGCAAUUAGUCUCAGACAUUUGCUACCUUUAAUGAGUUAUAAAGUCCACCCCGUAUCUCACUUUCCUCAAUAUGUCCUGCUUUGUUAGCAAUUGAAAGUCACUCUAGCCCCUGCCCAGGCCAGGGACUGCCCAUUCUGAAGGGCAAGAACAACUUAGAACUGAGACAUUCAGAGCAAAUCUCAGGUGCCCAGUUUGGAGAGGAAGGCUGAGUGCUGAGUGCUUUCUGAACAGCAGAUCACCAGUCCCUGAGUGUCUCUCUGGCUAUGUGCUGAAGGUCAGAUGCUGGGACCACUGUGGUGACUAUGCCAAGUGCAGCAGUGGCAGGAUCGGCAGUGUCCUCAGAGGCCAGUGCUGCCUGACUGCCUACACUGUGCCCUUGCUGGGAAAUGUAAUAGCUCAUCCCUAGUGUUAAUAAUAGUGCCGCAGGAUUUUUUGCUCCUUAGUUCAGCUAAAGCUGGGUUCUUGUCUCACAGCCAGGAAAAGUUAGGCACAAGGGCACAUUGAAGGGUGAAGAGGGCAGAAUUUAUCAAGUGAAAAGAAAACCCUCACCAAAAAAGGGGGGGUCCCACCAGUAGGCUCCCACCUCACAAAUUGAAUACCAGGUCACCACAAACAAGCUGAAGAGACCAGGCUCCUCCCCUGCAUAAGGCAUGAAUUCCUGGUGGCUCCACCCCAUUCCCUCAGUGUGCAUAUGAGCCCUUAGUCUGAGCCAUUCCAUAUUGAUUUAUUUCCCAUAUUGUGCACCUGUUAAGGGACAGAAUUUUUCACCGUGGGCAUGUUUAGGCAAGCCCCCUGUGCACAAUGACCUGGAUGGGUCAGAGGUUCUCUGGGGACCCUUCCCUGUCUGCCUAGGCAUUUGGCUCUCUCAUGCCUCUAUCAAUAGGAGGCAGGAAUAGAUGGGUUUAUUUCUAGCAGCCAAAAUGGCAAACCUUCUCACAUGAUCUUGGAAAAGGAAGUAAGAAUUUUGAACAGAAAUCUCUUAAAUAGUUGACCUACAGGCAUAGCAAGUUGAACAAGAUAUUGAUCAGAACCAGAGUAGCAACCAUAUAAUAAACUGCAGGUACUGCCUGUAUUUUGUGAUAAGCUGCUUUCCUGAGACGUCUUGAUGAACAGCAGGCAAAGUUUUGUCAACAUUCCAAACACCUGAAUGAUAGGCACAACUACAGGUUUGGCUACUGUUUCCGUGUGUUAGAUAACCGAAAAGCCCCAAAGCACGGUGGCUCAAAUAACAACCUUUUUUUUUUUCUUUUUCCUCACAAUGUUGUGGGUUGGCUGAACUUAGCUGAGAGUUUCUUCUGGUAGUCUUGCUUGGGGUAUCUCAUGAGGCCGCAUUCAGAUGGGAGUGUGGCUGUGACUGGACAGUCAAGAUGACCUCCCAUCCUCUAGAGCUGGAGGCUUCAAACCAAAGGCCCCUGUGCAAAUCCAACCCAUGCUCAGUUUUUGUACUGCCAUGAGCAGUAAUUUUUACAUUUUCAGUAAUUAAACCGCUUUUACAUUUUUUAAUAGUUGAAAAAGAAUUCAAAACAAAAAUAUUUUGUGAUAUGUGAAAAUUAUAUGAAAUUCAAAUUUCAUUGUCCACAGAGUUUUAUUGGAACAUAAUCACGACCAAGCUUAUUCACUUAUGUAUUAUUUACAGCUGCUUUUGCACUACAGUGGCAGCGCUGAGUGGUUGUGACAAUCACAGAGACCACAUGGCCCACAAAGCCAAAAAUAUUUACUAUCUGGGCCUUUAGAGAUUCUGCUGGCCCCUUCUCCAGAGCCUCUGUCCAUAGUCGUCUCUUUUUUUUUUCUUUUUUCUUUUUUUUUUUUUUUUUUUUUUUUUUUUUUUUGAGACAGAGUUUUGCUCUUGUCGCCCAGGCUGGAGUACAAUGGUGCGAUCUUGGCUCACUGCAAACUCUGCUUCUUGGGUUCAAGAAAUUCUCCUACCUCAGCCUCCUGAGUAGCUAGGAUUAGAGGCAUGUGCCACCACACCUGGCUUUUUUUUUUUUUUUUUUUUUUUUGUAUUUUUAAGAGACUGGGUUUCACCAUGUUGGCCAGACUGGUCUCAAACUCCUGACCUCAGGUGAUCCACCUGCCUUGGCCUCCCAAAGUGCUAGGAUUACAGGCAUGAGCCACUGCACCUGACCCACAGACAUCUCUUCAUUCAGUAGUCUAGCAUGGGGGCUUGCUCCCAAGAGUACUGUUCCAAGAAGACAUGCCCCAUUGUGCAAGUACUCAUUCAAACCUCUGCUUGCAUAAUGCUUGCUAACAUGGCAUUGGCCAAAUUAGGUCACAUAGCUAACCCAAAGUCAUGUGGGUGGCCAUCAACACUGGGAUGUGUGUGGCUCGUUGGAGGUCACUGAAGUGAAACCUACCGUAGUUACACAGUAAGUCAGUUAAAUUCUUGGUUUAUUGGACAGCUGACAGCUGUUAAGAAGGACCCUAUGUUAAAGGAAAUGGAUACAACCUAAUAACAUUAACAAUAGAUAAUGGUUUUUAACCAUUAACUUCCAUUGAUAAUGGUUCUGAUUAGAGCGCAAGAUAACUAGUGAAACGAGAAUUCCCUUAUCCCCCUUGCGGGGCAUGCGACAUGGGUAUGGCUCACUCUUUUGGUUUCCCUGUUGCUCAAACCCCUAGAAGGAGCAUGCAGACGGGCAGGUGCAGAGGCCGUGGGGAGCGCUUCUGGGCUCUGACCUCACGGCAGCAUCUAGGGAUGGCUGGCUGUGACUCCCGAAUCCCUAGUGGGCGUGUCUUACAGUGUGCUCUUUCAGCUUUGCCGUCUGCAGAAGGAUUAUGUUAAUCAGCUCGAUAGACCCUCUGCCUUAUUGCAAGGGCAGUGGCCAGUUUAACAGCUUUCUGUAUCCCAAGUUCUUGCCCAGUGUACAAGAAGAAUCGGAUGACACGUGGGCUUGAAGGAUGAGUGCAAGGUUUUAUUGAGUGGCGGAGGCUCUCAGCGAGAUGGAUGCGGAAUCGGAAGUGGGGGAUGGAGUGGGAACGUGAUCUUCCCCUGGAGUCCUGCUGUUCUCGGUAGACGGACGCCUCUUUCCUUCUCUGCCAUGCCGCCCUGCCACUCCCGCUCUUUGUCACUCUCUGCCACUCUCUUUCUCUGCUCCUCUCAAUGUCCAGCCACUUGUGUCUGUGCCUGCUAAGGUCUCAGGUUUCUAGGGCCAUGGGAUGGAGGCAUGGCAGGCCAUAGUGGUCUUGGGAAGUGCAACAUUUGGGUGCGAAAACAGGAAUCCCUGUUCUCACUUAGGUCUGUGGGCACAGGCCCGAGCGUGGAGCCCUCGCCUGGGGACCCCACCCUUCUCUACCCAGCACUUCCCUGCCUCCCUCUAGUAUCAGUAGUAGAGUCUUGUGAUAGGCUGGAUAAUGCCCCCACAAGAUAUCCAUGUACUAAUUCCAGGACUUGUUGAUGUUGUCUUAUGUGGCAAAAGGAACUUUGCAGAGGUGCUUAAGUUGAGGAUUCUGAGAUGGAGAGAUCAACCUGAAUUAUCUGGAUGGGCUCUAAAUGUAAUCACACAUGUCCUUACAAGAGGAACCCUUGCUUACAGAAGAACAAGAGAUGUGAUGAUGGAAGCAACAGGUUAGAGAGAUUCAAGAAAAGCAUAGCCAGCCAAGGGAAUGCAGGCAGCCUCCAGAAGCUAAAAAAAAAAAAAAAAAAAAAAAAAAAAAAAAAAAAAAAAAAAAAAAGAAAAGAAAAAAGAAAAGCAAGAGAAUGAUUCCCCUAGAGCUUCCCGAAAGAACUAGCCAUGCCACCACAUUGUCGUUAUCCCAGUGAGACAGAUUUCAAACUUGUGGCCUCAAGAACUGUAAGGGUAAGAACUGUAAAAUAAAUUUAUGCUGUUCUAAGCCACAAAAUUUGUGGCACUUUUUUACAGCAGCAACAGGAAAUUAAUAAAAAGCCUUCCAGUGGUAGGGGGUGAAUCUCAUUACAUUUCUAAGGCAAGCAUUGCUUAGUAUCUUGCUUAUUUAAAAGAUAAAUUUAGCUAGUAUACACAAUAGUGACCAACUAGAUUGUAUGCUAUAAUACUUGUAAGAAAAAUGAUUGCAUACUCUUUGUUUUCUUGUUUGAGACAGAGCCUCACUCUGUUGCCCAGGCUAGAGUGCAGUGGCACAAUCUCGGCUCACUGCAACCUCCACCUCCCGGUUUCAAGCUCUUCUCGUGCCUCAGUCUCCCAAGUAGCUGGGACUACAGGCACACACCACCACACCCAGCUAACUUUUGUAUUUUUAGUAGAGACAGGGUUUUGCCAUUUUGGCCAGACUAGUCUCGAACUCCUGACCUCAGGUGAUCCACCCGCCUCAGCCUCGCAAAGUGCUGGGAUUACAGGCAUGAGCCACCACACCCAGCCAACUGCAUACUCUCAAUCAAAAAACCAUUUCCCUCAAGUUAGAAUAUGCAAUAUUUAUUGUACAUUGAGUGCCCUCUGCUGCUUACCCAAAGCUUUCUAAACCUCAACCAAACUCGUAGAGAUAAAGCUUAUAAGCGGUGGGACAAUUUGGAGCCUUAAACUCCCAAAUUCUCAGAUGUCUUCCAACAUGAUUUUCCAAAGCAAUCUGUAGCAUGUCUGGAGCAAGGAUGGGGGGAUCAUGAUUCAGGGGGCCCCAAGGAGGGUCUAUCAUAGACUGUUGCUUUUUAAAGUAACUAGUAGCAAUGCUUUAAAUUGUCAUUGUAGAUUUAAGAACCUGUGGUUCAAAUGUCUCAGUUUAGUAUGCAAAACCCUUUAUCUCCAAGCUCCUGCCUAUUUCUGCCUCUCUCCUUUAUGUCAAGCCAUCAUGAUUUAUAUGGUAUAAUGCCAAUGGAUCAUUGUUUCACAAAAGUUCUUUCCAUUCCUUUUAGUUCUUUUCCACUCCUUCAGCAAGUUGAAGAGCGCUCUCUUGUCCUUCAGCACUGAGCUUUGUAUUUCCUUUUUAUGCCAAACCAGGAGAAACAAAUAGGAACUCUGCCAACUUUUGUUUGCAAACCCCUUUCACAGUAAUCUAUAAUCUCACAAACUCCCUUAGAAAAAAAAUCAAUUUAACAUUUUUUCAUGGUGUAUGAAAGAAAUGAUUUUGUUUAAAAUAUUUUAUUGCAUAUCAACAUGUUUCAAACAUUGUACUAUAAUCAUUUCAGUAUACCCUUCAGUAUUUAUUAAGACAAAUUUCACUUUCCACAUUCACUUAAUGAUGGGCUAUAUUUAAUUUGUUUUAAAAUAAUUGGGUCAAGAAAAGCAAGUGUGUUAACAAAUGAAUUGUAAAAUGGUAUUAUAUUUAGCUUGAAGACCGAAUGUAUAAGAAAGUAUAUGCUGUUAUGGCAUCAAAAAAGACAAAACACUUUUACAGCAUGAUGUUCAGAAUAUUUGAAAUUAUGCUUAAAUAUCAGUGGAUUAUUUUGAUGAUUUUUAUUUAUUUUUAAUUUUUUAUUUUUUUGAGACAGAGUCUCGCUCUGUCGCCCAGGCCGGAGUGCAAUGGCAUGGUCUCGGCUCACCACAACCUCCGCCUCCUGGGUUCAAACGAUUCUCCUGCCUCAGCCUCCUGAGUAGCUGGGAUUACAGGCACCUUCCACUAUGCCCAGCUAAUUUUUGUAUUUUUAGUAGAGACGGGGUUUCACCAUGUUGGCCAGGCUGGUCUCGAACUCCUGACCUCAGGUGAUCCACCCGCCUCAGCCUCCCAAAGUGCUGGGAUUACAGGCGUGAACCACCGCUCCUGGCCUGUUUUGAUAAUUUUUCCUUCCUAAAUGAUGAGACUAGAGAGAAGUUAGCCUGCCACUUGCAAGCGUUCUCUUCAAAGAACACGUUGCAGGUGUGAAUUCUCUUUGGCUUAAAAACCAAACUGAAUAUAAUUUUCCUUAUAUUUACUCCAUUUAACAUUGGCAUUUAGAUUAAGAGUCAUUCUGAGGCCAUGCCUAACAUUUUUAUCAGAUGUAUGCAAAUAAUGGAACCAUCAGUGAUCAUGCAGAGGUAAACUUUCAGAAUUAGUGUCUGUUAACUUGGUGUUACAACAUCAAAAUUCUUUAUACUUCUCAUACUCAAAUUCACAUUGUGAAAAUAAAUGCUUAGAAGAAAAGCAAUUUUAACUGUUUAAUUGCUAAAACUACUUUUCCUUGCUACUGCUAUGCAGCUGGAUAACUAUUUCCAAACUAAAUCACAAGCACGCUUUUCUGAUCCCUAUCUGCUGUGCAUGGUUAUGUGAUAUGCAGUUGGAGGCUUGCAAUGCUUUUUAUUUUGAAAGGAGAAGCUAAAUACUUUCGGAUAUUUUUAAAGAAAGAGUUAAAAAUAACUACCAUUUCUGCCUUUACAAUGUGAUCCCCAAAAGCCUUUCUAAACAAACAGUAGCUGGAAAAUGCUGAAAAUGAAUAAAUGGAAUCCCUGUCCUUAAAGACAUCCCAGCCUGGCAGAAAGAUGGAUAAGUAAACAGUGGGGUGCAGGAACUGAUACUGACCAUUGAUGGGCACAAAGUAUUAUGGGAACACAGAGAGCAGGCACUAACCUGCUUUAGGAAUGCCUGGGAUGAUUUACUAAGAGAACUGACGUGAAGGAUAGCAACUUGGAUCGGCCCAGAAGCCUUCCCUGGUACUCACCCAGGGCCUGAUGUAGAUGUCACUCGGUGGUCCCAGCAGCUUGUCACAGCUGACGGCACACUGCUUAUUAUUGGUUUACUUGUUCACCUUUCUCCACAAAAUGGUAAGCUCCUUAAAAGCAGGAACUUUGUCAUUGUAUCUACAGUGCCUGCUGAUGCAUAAGAACUAUCUGACAAGUAAAUAUAAGGGGUCUAGGAUGAUGAAAAGACUUCUUCUCUAAGACGGGCUGAUGUUUAAAGACAGUAUUUUAUGUCUGUACCAUGAUAUGUUUAAAGAAUGUGUAUUCGUGUUUGAAAUGCCAAUACCAAAUAUUAGAUGCAAGCACAGGGUCGGGAACCAUGGGAGAUGCAGAGACAAACAAGACACAAUCACUGCUCUCCAGAAACUUACAGUGUAAACUGGAGGCUUCACGGUCCCCACCAGGAUCUAAACAGGCACAUCUUUCAUGUGUUUGUAUUUUGGAGUUCCACAAAACACUUUUUUUGAAUACAGAGCUCCAUUUCGUUAAAAAAAAUUGACAACUCUGAUCAAGUAAAUAAGAAAGCUGCUUUAUAGGUAUAGAGUUUCCCCUUCCUUUUUAAGAUUAGAAGGAAAUUUAGAUGAAAGGAAUUGAGAAUUUACAUUUUUAGAUGUGUUCAUAUUUCUUUGGAUUUCAUCUUCGUUUUCCCUCACCAGUUGCCUUUUAGCACCUUUCUAAUAGGCAAUCUGUAGCAAUGUACAGAUGUUUACAAUAAUAAAAGUGCUCAUUCUUUCCUAUAUACUGCAAUAUCACAUAUUUGCUACUAUCCAGAAAAAGGUUCUACAUAUAUCCUUUCUGAAGUUACUGUGAAGUAUCUUCAAGAUCUAUACUUCAUGACGGUUAUUCUAAGGUGUUUAAUUCAAAACCACUACCUAAUUUCUCUAUAGCAUGUGGAAUUUAACAUCCCAUUUUCAAAACAGAAGAAUGGUUUAAAAUUAAUUGACUUAAGGAGCUGCAGACCCACAUACAGUGAAUCUUCUAUGAGGUUUACAGGAAAAAUGAGCCAAAAGACAUGUAAGUACAGUAUUCUUUAUUAUAAACAAUCAGAUAACAACAGUAUAAGUGUGCAUUUGAUGGAUAACCAAAGCCAAGUUAUUAUAAUAGAAAGCAUGACUUCACUCCAAUAGAAAGUUUCUUUGUUGUUGUUAAUCUGUUUUACAUUAAUUUGAAUUUAACAUAUGCUAGGAUCACCUAAACUUGUCAUACAGUUCUGCUAUUAAAAUCGUAACACGGAAAGACAAAAUGUGAAAUGCAUGUUAUAUUUUGCUUUAUUUGUUGAAUAUAUAUGUGUGUGUAUAUAUAUAUAUAUAUACACUAAAUAUUUGGGACACAUUCAAAGUUAAGCAGGUGCUUACAGUCUAUCAAGUGAUAUUUAUGAAAUGUUUUUGUUGCUGUUUUGUUGCUGUUAUGGGAACAUCCAUCUCCUUAGAAGACAAUAAAAAAGAGGAUUCUAAAUGCUAGGUGGUUGGCUAACUUCUCCUGAUUUAUACUGAGUGUAAAACAAAACAAAACAAA